CGGCAGCGCGCCGACAGUCGGCCCGACUCCCCCGACCGGACCGCAUCGCACCUCCGUCCCGUCACACUCCGCUACGUUCUCGUCGCUCCCACAUCAGGAGGAUAAACAAGGGGUCCCGCGGUGCAAAAAAACACAACACAACAACAGGCUGUUGGAGGACGUUCUAAGUUGGAUGUUUCUACCAUGUUGCUCUGUCUUAAUAACUAAGUUUCCCGUCUGAACCGUUGGGUAGAAGCGGGGCAAAGGAGCGGAACUUUGAGGAGGACCUUUUUUUUUUUUUUUUUUUCUUGCACCGGAGUAACCGCUGCUUUUAACCCAGGAGGGUCGUAUCCGCCACGGGCUUCGUUUGCUCUCUUGCCCGGCUGUGGAGUCGGAGGCUAUGGUGUAACUUUUGCGGCUCCAGUCGAACCCGCGCGGCCCGGUGUGAGGGAGUAACCGUUUUAUGGUACCGGAGAGGGGAUGCCAGCCUCUCCCCCGUCUCGGAUCGCGGAGCCGCUAUGAGGAGAGAGGAUCACCUGCUGGGCUAACAGAACACGGUCACACCUCACCGACAGGCUGCAGCGUGGAGCUUUCUGUGGUGCGGAGCAGAGCAGAGGGAUCCAAUGAGGGAGCUGUCCGUGGUGGCUCCUCCGCGUGAUGACGGCCUGUGCUGUCUGAGAAUGCGGGAACGAGGUCCUUGCAUUUGCGGAGUGGGCGUGUGGAGCCUGCUGCUGUCCCUCUGUCUGGCCUCCCUCACACAGGCACACAGGAGCCACACGGUGCAUGUGAAGGCAGGGACGUGUGAGGUGAUCGCUGCCCAUCGCUGCUGCAACAAGAACAAGAUCGAGGAGAGAUCUCAAACUGUCAAAUGUUCCUGCUUCCCCGGACAGGUAGCUGGCACCACCCGGGCCAUGCCCUCCUGUGUCGAUGCUUCCAUUGUAGCUCAGAAGUGGUGGUGUCAGAUGCACCCAUGCAUGGACGGUGAGGAGUGUAAGGUUCUCCCAGACCUCACAGGAUGGAGCUGCAGCACAGGCAACAAAGUCAAGACCACCAAGGUGACCCGAUAGUCCUGCCCGUUUCGAGGAGGGCAGAGGUGGCGUUGGAGUUACUUAAAUAGCACAAUGGACCCAUCAGUGGUGAGGAAGCCCGCUCAGACAGACAGCUACGAGGAGCCGGUCAUUAUUGCAUUUUCUGAGGAUAUUCAAGAGGUGGAGGCGGAGGAGACAGGACUCUUACACCGUCUUGGGUCAACUUAAAGAAAACAGAGAUUUCUUGGUCCUUUACCGCACAGGACCGCAUCACCCACAAUCCUUUACUGCUUCUACAAACAGCAACUUCUAACAAGUGAGCUAUGACCUAAACAGCACUUGAUUAUAUAAAAAAAAAAUAACUUUCUUUACAACGAUCUGUGUUCUUCAUCUCUCUUCUAUGGCUUAGUUGUGUUCCAUACGCAUACUGGGAAGAAAUGGGAUCAGGACUUUUGACAGCUAUCCAACAUUAUAAAUGUCACUACAAAAAAUGUGUGUGUGGGGGGGGGUUGCAUCCAGAAUGGCUGUUUCAUGAUGUCGAGAUGACAACUUUAAAUUUAACUGUGCCACAUAUGACACACCUGAUGCUGUCAGAUCUGAAACUAAAUAAUUUUUCUUUUUUAAGAUCUCAUCUCCAAAAGAAUAUUUUACCUUGAAUCAUUUGUGGCUUACCACAUGCCAUUUUUUAAAAUGGGGAGACAGUUCGUCAGUCUUCUUUUUAUUUCUUUUUUCUUUUUUUUUUGACAAAGGACAAAAUCCUUUCCGGGUGGGAUUAGACUAAUACCAAGUAGAUGUUAUGAAAUAUUGAACCAUGUAAACGUGUAAAAAAUGCUCCAUGGAAUCAACAGGGCUAAAAAUAAAAUGACGCUCUAAUGGUUUUAAUAUUUGUGUUUUCAAACGCCUGUUAACCGCUAUUGAGUACAUGUGUCAGUAUUAUAUGAAAUGAAUAAAACCUUUCAAAAGAAAAUA